UUAACAAACCAACUCAUAAAAUAUAGAUUGAUUUUCUCAUAAGUUGUAGUUGAGUUAGCUCUCUAGUCACAAUGUUGGGACAUCUCAUAAGCUCAAAACGAGACAAUUCAUGAGUUGUAUUAAACGAGUCAUCUAAUCGAGCUAGUUCACGAGCUACACGAGCCGAACAAGGUAGAGCUCAAGCUCGGCUCGUUAAUAACGAGCCGAACUUUUUUUUAAUCUAACGAGAUUUUAUCGAAUUCAAUACCGAGCCGCUCACGAAUAACUCGACUCAUUAACAACCCUAGUCACGAGAUUAACAUCUACCUCCACGAGGCUUUCCUACCCGCAGGAAGGAUCAUGGUGAAAACUGGGGGCGUGGGGUUUGGUAGCAUACUAUGGGCUGACAAAUAUAUAACGUGCGCCGUUGAGUCUUGACCACACAGACUCAAAGGCAGAAAAAACCCGGGCCCCGUAAAUAUAGUACUAGGACAGCAAAAAAGAACAAUAGAGUUGUCGGAGCACCGCCUUCUCGUUCGCUCGAAUCGCUGCCCAUCUAGCAGGUUGCUCUUUCCCGGAGGAAAAGCCGCCGCCGUCGCCGUUGCUGCUACUUCUCCGACUUCCCCUACCGCCAACUCAGUCACUGAGGCGCUGAGUGCAAGUAAUCCCCUCCUCUCUCUCUCUCUCUCUCCCUCUCUGUUUGCAUUUUGCUGUUCCGCUCUUGUCUUCUGAUUGUUGAACCUUACCUCCCACCACCGUCAACAGAUCGAUCCGCGAUCCCAAUCUACAGAUCACAUCCACCGCCAUUUCUGAUUUCCAAUUUCAUUUCCUGCGCAUCCGGAAUUUAGACCUUACGCUUUUCCCUUUUCGUUGCUAUAAUUGUUUGUUAUUUUGAUUCAUUUGCGGUUGCGUCGAUUAGCUUUCCAUGGCCAACAUUGACAUCGAUGGCCUCCUUCGAGGGGAGGAUGGCGACGAGAGCCGCGUCCCUAGGACCAAAAUCGUCUGCACUCUGGGGCCUGCUUCCAGAUCUGUCCCCAUGAUCGAGAAGCUUCUCAGGGCGGGGAUGAACGUCGCCCGCUUCAAUUUCUCCCACGGCUCUCACGAGUACCACCAGGAGACCCUGGACAAUCUCCGCAUCGCCAUGCACAAUACCAGCAUCCUUUGCGCUGUCAUGCUCGACACCAAGGGACCAGAGAUUCGGACCGGCUUCUUGAAAGAUGGGAACCCGAUCCAACUUCAGGAGGGCCAAGAAGUCACUAUCACUACUGACUACACCAUCAAGGGAGAUCCAGAGACGAUUUCCAUGAGCUAUAAGAAGCUGCCGAUGGAUGUCAAACCGGGAAACACCAUCCUGUGUUCCGAUGGCACUAUUAGUCUCUCUGUUCUGUCGUGUGAUCCCAAGGCUGGCACAGUGAGAUGCCGCUGCCAGAAUACUGCCAUGCUCGGGGAGAGGAAGAAUGUCAAUCUCCCUGGUGUUGUUGUCGAUCUCCCGACGCUCACUGACAAGGACAAGGAGGAUAUUCUUCAAUGGGGUGUUCCGAACGCCAUUGAUAUGAUUGCUCUCUCUUUCGUCCGUAAGGGAUCCGACCUUGUCAAUGUUCGCAAGGUCCUUGGCCCCCAUGCCAAGCACAUCAAGUUGAUGUCAAAGGUUGAGAAUCAGGAGGGUGUUAUCAACUUCGAUGACAUCCUGCGCGAAACCGAUGCUUUCAUGGUUGCUCGUGGCGAUCUCGGAAUGGAGAUCCCCGUGGAGAAGAUCUUCCUUGCUCAGAAGAUGAUGAUCUACAAGUGCAACCUCGUGGGGAAACCCGUGGUCACUGCCACCCAAAUGCUCGAGUCGAUGAUCAAGUCUCCUAGGCCGACUCGUGCAGAAGCCACCGAUGUCGCCAAUGCAGUCCUCGACGGCACCGAUUGCGUAAUGCUCAGUGGGGAGAGCGCCGCUGGUGCGUACCCUGAGCUGGCUGUGAAGACCAUGCGGAGAAUCUGCAUAGAGGCAGAGUCGUCACUGGACUAUGGUGCCGUGUUCAAGGAGAUCAUGAGGUCGACCCCGCUUCCGAUGAGCCCACUGGAGAGCCUGGCGUCUUCCGCUGUCCGUACUGCGAACAAGGCUAGAGCAAAGCUGAUCGUGGUGCUGACCCGGGGCGGGACGACAGCAACGCUGGUGGCCAAGUACAGGCCGGCAGUGCCUAUUCUGUCAGUGGUGGUGCCGGUUUUGACCACGGAUUCAUUUGACUGGGAUUGCAGCGAUGAGUCGCCGGCGAGGCACAGUCUGAUAUACAGAGGGUUGAUCCCGAUACUUGCGGAAGGGUCUGCGAGGGCCACGGAUGCCGAGUCGACGGAGGAGAUAUUGGUUGCUGCUCUGAAGAAGGCGGUGGAGAAGGGUCUGUGCAAGGUUGGAGAUGCUGUGGUGGCGCUACAUCGGAUAGGGUCGGCUUCUGUGAUCAAGAUAUGCAUGGUCAAGUAAGUAAUAGCAGGUUUGAGAUGGAGCUUGACGAAAUAAUGAUGUCAACAAUGGAAGAACAGUUUUCUUGUCGACUCAGUUUCGGUUAUUUCAUGUAUUUUGUGCAGCCAGUGCCGCCUGACAAUGGUUUUAGUCCUUUCUGUUAUCGAGGGCAGGUCUGUAGACAGUAAAAAGCACUUCUUGAAGCUCAGUUAUGUAACAUGGCUCUUAAUUUGCAAGGUAUUUGUUUCUGUCGAAGAGUUGCAGUAAUGAUCAACUUAACACUAGAGUUUGGUUUUGUUAAGGCGACAUUAUCUGUAGAAAUAGCCCUAGUGUUGUUUGAAGUCCAAUAUUAGAAUGUGAAAUCACAUGUAUGUAGAACUUUCAUGCCAAGUUAACUGAAACAUUACAAAUGAUGAUGGAAGUCUGAUUAAUACGUCACAAAAAAUGGACAACCUUAGAUACGUAUUUGUACGUCGCAUUUUAAAGACAAAUCGAGUAACGAUAAUAUGAUACAAUACCACAAUUUCAACAGGAAUAGAUUGUACAAUAACAU